AUGGAUGCUGAGUGUGUUUCGCUAGCAGCUCGGAAGAGCGGGCUGUUACAGGGUGGUCGCCCACUUCGGGGACGAAUACUUAAAGAGCCCAAUGAAGCAGAUCUAAGAAGAUUGUUGUACGCAGCUGAAGAACGAGGAUUCCCUGGAAUAAUGGGUUCUAUCGACUGCAUGCACUGUAGAUGGAAAAAUUGUCCACUUCAAUUCAAAGGACUCUAUUCGGGAAGAUCGGGCAAGCCAACAUUGGUUUUUGAAGCCACUGCUUCUUAUGAUAUAUGGAUCUGGCAUGCUUUCUUUGUAACACCAGCUAGGUGUAAUGAUAUUAAUGUUCUUGAUAGAUUUCCCUUAUUUAAUGAUGUUUUUGAGGGUCGUACACCUACAGUUAACUAUGUUGUUAACGGACACCAAUACGAUAUGAGAUAUUACCUAGCAAAUGGUAUAUAUCCUCAAUGGGCUGCAUUUCUUCCAACAAUAAGUCUUUCGCAAAAUGAAAAAGAAAGUCUAUUUGCUUGA